AUAUUUCCGUUACAGUAUGGGAGAGCGGUCAAAAUUAUCGUCAGACGCAUUUAUGACCGUCGGAUCAAGCUCGUGAUCCGUGAUAACGAAACACAAUUCUUAUUUUCACUACUGUUUUUGUUUGAGGCGCGUCCGCGGCUAAGUUUUUACCUGUCUUGAAACCAGUAGAUCGGACGGUCAGUUUAUCGGCUGCGGAACCUUGAUUCUUCGUGAGGAAGCGCAGAUGUCGGGGCCACUCGAUCGAUUCGCUAGACCUUGCUUUGAGGGGAUUUCAGGUAGUGAUGAGAGGAGGGAGAGGAAAUCUGAUUUCGAGAACUCAGAGGAUGAAAGGCGCACAAGAAUUGGAUCCUUGAAGAAGAAAGCGAUAAAUGCAUCUACUAGGUUUAAGCAUUCUCUCAAAAAGAAGAGUACUAGAAGGAAAACUGAUGGACGUGUAAGCUCUGUAUCGAUUGAAGAUGUUCGUGAUGUUGAAGAGCUACAAGCUGUUGAUCAAUUUCGACAAGCGCUGAUUAUGGAUGAACUGCUUCCAGAAACGCACGAUGACUAUCACAUGAUGUUGAGGUUCUUGAAAGCAAGGAAGUUUGAUUUAGAUAAAGCUAAGCACAUGUGGGCAGAUAUGCUCCAAUGGAGGAAGGAAUUUGGUGCUGACACUAUCACGGAGGAUUUUGAGUUCAAUGAGUUGGAUGAGGUUCUAAGGUAUUACCCUCAUGGUCAUCAUGGCGUUGACAAGGAGGGAAGACCUGUGUAUAUUGAAAGGUUGGGAAAAGUUGACCCCAACAAACUCAUGCAAGUUACAACUAUGGAUCGGUAUGUAAAAUACCAUGUCCGGGAGUUUGAGAGGGCCUUCACUGUGAAGUUUCCUGCAUGUACAAUUGCUGCAAAGAGGCAUAUAGAUUCAAGCACGACAAUUUUAGAUGUUCAUGGUGUGGGCUUUAAGAAUUUUACCAAGUCUGCAAGGGACCUGAUUAUGCGGCUUCAAAAGAUUGACGGUGACAAUUACCCUGAGACUCUUCAUCAAAUGUUUAUCAUCAAUGCUGGACCUGGAUUUAGGCUGCUGUGGAACACUGUGAAGUCUUUUCUAGAUCCCAAAACAACUUCCAAGAUACAUGUUAUUGGAAACAAGUACCAGAGCAAAUUGCUUGAGAUUAUUGAUGCCAGUGAGUUGCCAGAAUUUUUGGGUGGUAGCUGUACUUGUGCAGAUCAGGGAGGUUGCCUUCGGUCUGAUAAGGGGCCUUGGAAAAAUCCAGAAAUUUUGAAGAUGGUUCUUAAUGGCGAGGCACGACAUGCCAGACAAGUUGUAAAAGUUUUAAAUAGUGAAGGAAAAGUUAUUGCUUAUGCUAAGCCACAGUAUCCAAUGCUUAAAGGUAGUGAUACUUCUACAGCAGAAUCUGGAUCAGAAGCCGAAGAAAUUGCAUCCCCGAAAGCAAUGAAGAGUUUUUCACAACUUCGGCUGACUCCUGUUCGCGAAGAAGCGAAGGUCAUUGGGAAAACAAGCUAUGCUGGUAACUUCUUGGGAUAUGAUGACUAUGUUCCUAUGGUUGACAAAGCUGUUGAUUCUACUUGGAAGAAACAAACUUCCCUUCAGAGGUUUUCUACUCACAAAGGUGCAUUAAUGUUGUCAGAAACUCCCAAGGCCCGAGAAGGAAUUCUAGCUCGGAUUAUGUUGACUAUCAUGGCUUUCUUGAUGACACUUUACACUCUUCUCCACUCAGUUUCAUGCCGUAUAACUGGAAAGCUUCCUGACACAGUUUCUGAUCGUUGUCAAAAUGUUACUGAACAUACCCCUGAUGCAACUCAGCAGGCUGAGUCUCGUCCACCUUCUCCGACCCCUCCUUUUUCUCAGGCUGAUCUUUUAUCUUCUGUGCUCAAAAGAUUGGGUGAACUUGAGGAGAAAGUUGAUACAUUACAAGCAAAGCCAUCUGAGAUGCCUUAUGAGAAAGAGGAAUUGUUGAAUGCUGCCGUAUGUCGUGUCGAUGCCCUAGAAGCAGAGCUUAUUUCUACCAAGAAGGCUCUUCAUGAAGCUUUGAUGAGGCAAGAAGAACUGCUUGCUUACAUCGACAGUCAGGAGGAAGCCAAACUGAGGAAAAAGAAGUUUUGCUGGUGAUAUGCUUUUGCUGCUGAUGGUGAUCCUACAAAAGCCACUUACCUAUUGCGAGUCCGUUUCCACUGUACCGAUGAAAAUACAACCACUUAUGUCAAUCUCGUGGAGGUUAUACUGCUUUAAGCAACAACGUAUUCGUCUGUCCGAAUACCAGCCCUUCCGCACGGAAAUGCACAACUGUAAUCAAACUCUCUGUCUGUUGACUCUCUUUUCCAAUGUAAUGUUUGAUUUGCUGCACUUCUUAACUACAAAGAUUUCAAAUAUAUGUUGCCUUU